ACCGUCUAUUUACAUUUCCAGUAAUUUUUAAAAAUGUUUUAUUUAGCAAGGGUUGUAAUUGUUAUUUUUACAAUAACAUUUUCUUGCCAUGCUGAGAAUUAUAUAACGUAUCCUCUAUCAAUAAAAACAUGCCCAGUGGAUGGACCAAAUCCAGUUGAUUUAAACCUAUCUCUGGACAGCGACGGACUAAGUUUUACCACUGAACUUAACAGAAAUUUACAUGAAAACUGCACAUAUCAAAACGAUAUCGAUGUUUGGAAUGGUUUGUGGGUGCCUUAUGUUAAGCCUAAAGGGAAAGCUUGCGCCUCGUUAGAGCAGACUAUUCGACCAGCAUGGGAAAGAUUUAAAUCGGCAAUAAAUCCUAAAAUCGAAGAUGGAUGUAAUAUUAAACCCGGCUCCUAUAGUUUAUCAGGUUUUAAAGUAGGCAAGGACGAAUUUGCAAUUCCUAUAUCAUCUACUGGAAAAUUUAGGAGUAUAAUAAAUUUGUAUUGUGAUGACGAGCAGGUUGGUUGCAUUGAAGCUGAAAUGCAAAUUGAAGAAGACGAGGAAGAAUAAGAAUAUAAAGUUAUAAUUAAAUUACUAUUAAUCGUAAGUGUUUAAAUGUAAGAUUUUUAAGAUCACAUGAACUAAUGUGAAUUAGAAAUUAUAGCUAUAUAGUGGUUAAAUAAAAAUACAGUUUUUGUUUUUCA